AUGAGCUGGCUCAUCAUUUUCUUUGCCAUUAAAUUUAUUGAAUUUGCAGAUUGUUCUCCACCUUCUCAGCCCCAAAACGUCCAUGUUGUGAAUAGAGACAAUUCUUUUAUUGUUACUUGGGAAGUUCCUUCACAAACCUACGGAAACAUCACCAAUUACGUGCUACUGGCGACCAUUUUACCGGAAGAGAGCCACACUACAUACAGAUCAAAUAUACCUAUGGCAAUCAUAGAUGCAUCUUUGCAGGCUGGAAGAAUGUUCCUUAUCACAGUGACAGCUGAGAACAAGAAUGGCCUAAGCAAACCUUCCAGACCAUUUUAUAUACGAAAACCCUGUGGAAGGAAAAUCACCAUGGUGCCAGGAUCUAGGAAGACAAUUUCUUCUCCAGGUUUCCCAAGUCUAGUAAAAAGGGGAGUGCACUGUCAAUGGGAUAUCAAAACAGAAGAAACACAUAUAUUGCAUUUUCAUUUUCUCCAAAUCGAUCUUGGAGAAAACAAUAAUUCAACAAAGCAUCCGCCUUGUACUGACGCGUUUAUAUCAGUAGGGGACAGUUUGCAUAAAAUUUGCAGAAACAGUUCUGACUUAAAUGGCAGUUCAAUGGAAACAGUUUUAUUUUCUAGUGGAAUGAAGAGAAUCAAUAUCACAGGAUUUCAAAUAUUGGUUACAGCAAAAGUUAAAGCACCUGGACCACCAGUUAAUAUUACAAUGACGUCAUCCAAAACCGGCGUGUUUAUCAAAUGGUUACCACCAGUUGGACAUUACAUACCUUUGACCUCAUACACCCUGAAAUAUCGUCUAACAAAUUACCAGAGAGAAAUCGUGCUCUCUCCCAGAACUACAUGGUUUAGCAUUGAUACCCGAAAUUUCAAAGGACAACUUCUCAUGAUUUCUGUAUUUGCCAACAUAAGUAAAACAAAAGGAGAAGAAAGCAAGGAAUUAUAUUUUAGGGCCUCAUGUCACAGGAAGGUCAAAUUAUCAAAGUCAGAAGUAGAAAUAGUGUCCCCUGGAUACCCUGAUUUCUACCCUCCCGGUCUUAGCUGUUCCUGGGAAAUAGUGAACCCCAAAACAGAAAACAUGACGAUAAUAAUAGUGGACAUGGAUAUAGAGAACAGCUUAUCGUGUAGUAGUGACUAUCUGGCUGUUUCUCUUGGGGAAUCUUAUAGAAAAUGUGGAGUUACUGAUAGACCAAUGAAAGUGACUACACGGAACAAUUAUGUAAAUAUUAGAUUUGUGUCUGAUUUCAAAAACCAGGGACAUGGAUUUCGGAUCAAAGUUAAAAAAACUCAAGCAGUAAUAGCUGAGACAUCGACAACCAAGUAUGAUUUUACUUCAACACAAGAAAAGAGCUAUUCUACAAAACCUAUGGUAACAAACACUGAAUCCACAGAAGGAAGCACAAAAACUGCAUCGAUUACGAUUCUGCCAACUCGUGAAUUAACAGCAAUUGCAGUGAAGUCGACUCAGAAUUUGAAUUCAAAUAUUUUUUCAGAAAGGACAGAGUUCAGUAUCACAACAGAAAAACAAGAUCAGUCACAUUUAACACAAAAUGCCAGCUUAAAUACGAAUCUUCUCACAAAUGAAAUAUUAACAGAAUUUAGUUCUACAAAAUCAUCGACUUCAUUACCUCAAACACGAAAGUACACGUCAUACAAAGACAGGCCUUCAAUGCUGAGACCAUCAUCGUUAUCAUCUUCGUUUUUAUCAUCAUCAUCAUCGACACCGCCAACAACAACAAAAACACCAUCAACAUUAGAGCCUCUUUUUAAGUCGACCAUGACUCUGAGAAGAAAUUUGAUAUCAACGAUUUUACCGUCUACAUUCAACAUUCCUACGUCAUCAGUUUUGUCCACAGAGUUAUCAAAAUCAUCAUCAUCUCGCCGCUUUGAACAAACGCACAAUGUGACAACAGAUGCAAGUAUACACUCAUCAAAUCAUCGUAAUGAGAUUAAUAAAAGUAGUAUAGAAAACAUCUUGCAUAAUAUCUCGGUAAACCUUGAAUUCAUGAACAGAAAAAGAAAUAUUCGUAAUUCCAUUCCCAGCAGCAUGCUUUCGUCCUUACAUGAUAAGCUGUACACCAUUUUCAACAAUCCCUCUGGUAUUCUUGUUGAUCUUGAACUUAGAGUGACUAGAACAGAAUUCAAUUCUAUUCAUGUGUUGGUUACCCUAAUGUACAGCGUGCCAAAGCUUUUAAAAAAGAUGAAAACCGAUAUCAAAUUCCAUCUCAUAAGACAUAUCAACGAAACUGUUUCUACAGAUCUAUUAAAAGACUGUAUUACAUUUGGUUAUUGGAAACUAGAUUGUAAGAAGCUAUCAAAGUUUUGCGCAAAGAAAACGUUUUAUAACCAAGAGAUUACGUCCCCUUGUGCGUUGGUCGUCGGAUACUGCAGUAACAACUCAGUCUGCACUAUAGACCGGUCUGCAGAGCUUGGUAUUAUUUGCUUAAAAACAAACUUGACGGUUCAAACUCUCACAAAUUCAACAAUACACAGGAACCAAGAAAUGACAUUUGUGAUAGUGGGAGGUUCUAUAGCUGCGGCAGUGAUCUUUCUCCUACUACUAAUUAUAAUUAUCUACCGUAAAUGUUCAAAAAGGAAUGUGCCGGUCACACAUCAUCAACCUUUCAACGACAUCCUGCUCAACAGCCGGUACAUUGGCGAUAAGAACGUAGAAUUCACGGCGUUUACUACCAAUGAUCUGCAAAAAUACACUAAAAAGAGAAAAACGAUAUUAAGUUUUUCGUUUCCAACAAAAUCCAUCAAAUCAAAUGACAAGAAUGGAGACAUAAUUGAAUACAAAUUGAAACAGCUCACUUUCAUUGAAGACCAGAAAGAAUUAAAGAAGCGACUUGAGCUAAAAUACCGUUCUCGGAGGACAAACAGCGUUUAAUACUUUAUUCUUCUAAGUUUUUUUGACAUGAUUUAAUGAUGUGAACUUUCAAAUAAGGAAUGAUCAAUUUACAUAUUUUUUUACGAAAUAAAAC